AUGUUCUUCUACUAUUGGUUCCCCGGCUACCUGUUCACGGCGUUGAGCACGUUCAACUGGAUGACCUGGAUCGCGCCCCAGAGCAUCACCCUGGCCAUCCUGACUGGGUCGAGCCUCGGGCUGGGGCUGUUGAACCCCAUCACCACCUUCGAUUGGAACGUUGCAACCUCGUCUUAUGCAGCCCUGGCCCAGCCCUUCUUUUCCACCUGCACCAUGUACAUCAGUGCCAUCCUGGGCGGCUUCAUUAUCCUCGGAAUCUACUAUACUAAUAUGUACAACACUGCUUACCUGCCUAUCAACUCGUCGUCGGCUUUCACCAACAACGGCACCGCAUACAAGGUCCAGGAGGUCAUCACCAACAACAGGCUCGACCACGAGAAGUAUCAGCAGUACUCGCCGCCAUUUUACACCGCCGGCUACAUCCUCACCGUCGGCGCAAACUUUGCCUUCUACCCGGUCUACUUCCUUUAUAUCACUUUCAACCAGUGGAAGACUGUCUCCAAUGCGUACAAGGACUUUUGGGCCGGGAUACGUCACGGCAAGGGCAACUACGAGGGUGCUGUGGACAUCCACAGCCGGCUGAUGGCGCGCUACCCCGAGGUCCCCGACUGGUGGUUCCUGCUCAUUCUCGUGCUGGCAAUUGUGCUGUCCGUCGUCUUCCUCGAGAUCUACGACCUCGCCACACCUGUGUGGCUGACUUUCCUCGUGAUCGGAAUCAACCUGAUCUUCGCCGUGCCUUUGUCUUUCCUCUCAGCAACCACAGGCACGAAUCUCGGGCUUGGCUCGCUCAUUCAAGUUAUCACCGGGUUCUUGCCGGGCAACUACAACGCCUACCUUUAUGCGCAGACGCUUGGUUCGUGGGCACUGGCUGGUUAUGGAGACAAUUAUGUGCAGGACCAAAAGAUGGCCCACUACUGCAAGAUCCCCCCGCGCGCUGUAUUUCGCAGCCAGAUCGGCACCAUUAUCAUCACCUGCUUCGUGGCGGUGGGCACGCAGGACUUCAUCAUGAACCACGUCGAGGGCAUCUGCACGCCCUCACAGCCUCAAAAGUUCACGUGCGCCAACGAUGGUGCCCCAAUGUACGCGAACAGCUUGAUGUGGGGAGUCCUGGGGUCCAACAUCAUGUUUAAUUCCAUGUACCCGCUCUUCAAGUGGUGCUUCCUCAUCGGACUGGCCAUCCCGGUGGUCUUCCUGGUCCCGCAGUACUACGGCCCCAUCUACCUGCCUGGCGUCAAGGAGCGGCUGAGGGCCAAGCUCAGGCCGCGGACGUUCGAGCUGCUGGACCGCUCCUUGUUCCCAUUUGUGGCGUCUCUGUUGUGGUUGAACCCUAUCCUCAUCAUCCAGGGGAUCCAGCACUGGGCGCCGUCGAACCUGUCGUACAAGACUCCGGGCAUGAUCCUGUCGUUCAUCUUCAUGUACUGGCUGCCACGGCGCCACCUGGCAUGGUGGGAAAAGUACAACUACGUUCUGUCGGCCGCGCUAACAGCCGGUGUUGCCAUCAGCGCGCUGGCCAUGUUCUUUGCCGUAUCCUACCUUCCAGUCAGCCUCAAGUGGUGGGGAAAUACGGUCAGCUCGUCGGGAGUUGAUGGCAGCAGUGUCGGUAUAUUGCCCAUACCAGAGCGAGGAUACUUUGGCCCGGAGAAGGGUCAUUUCCCGUCUUAA